AUGAGUAAUCAAUACAUAAACGAGCCAGUCACCAGUGGAAAGGUUCGAUUUUUGAUAUAUUUUUUUCUCGAAUCAGAAGAGACAAAUCUUCAGGAUUAAAAAAAACUUCUCUAGUGGAAAAAAAUUAGUUCUGAAUAAUUUUUUUCUCUUUGAAGUUCAUAAACUAAUUUUCAUAAAUUUUCAAAUUUUUCUUCUCGUAUUGGUGCUUAAACGUAGGAAAAGCGGCUGAAAAAUUUUCAAUUUCAUUAUUUUUAGCUUUUUUGUAAAUCUCAAAUAGUGAUAUAGUUUUUUUAUAUUUUUUUGAAGCUUGAAAAAGUUUUAACGUAGUGAGACGUCGAAAAAAGUUCCGGUGUACACAAUUUCUUUUGAUGUAGCUCUAAAAAUGAGGAAAAUUAGAAAGUUCCUCCAAGUAAACUUUUUUUUUCCUGAUUCUACUAUUUUCUCCGUUCAAUUGAAAUGUAAAACUUCUUGCUGUUUCGAACGUUUUUCUUAUAAGGCGCAGGACGGUUGAAAAGUCAAAAAUAAAACAGAGAAGUUAGCCUUUUUGAAAUUCAUCUUCAUCAUCAUGAUCAUCAAUAUUUAUUUAUUGGUUGUUCUAGUCAAAUGAAAUCGAUCUUUCGAAUAUAUUUGUUUCAAAUCUUUCUUUAAAGGUCUGUUUGCACACGACGGCAGGAGAUAUCGAGAUCGAAUUGUGGGCCAAAGAAGCGCCAUUGACGUGUCGGAAUUUCGUGCAGUUAUGUAUGGAAAACUAUUACAAAGGAAGCGUCUUCCAUCGACUCGUGAAAAGUUUUCAACUUUUUCCGAGAAUCUUUCAAUAAAGAUCUUUUAGAUUUCAUCCUACAAGGCGGCGAUCCAACAGGAACUGGCCGGGGCGGAGAGAGCAUCUACGGCGGAACUUUCAAGGUUUUUGAGCAGGGAAUAGAAGAAUAAAGGGAAAUGUUGAUAUUCGAUGCAAAGAGAUUUUUAAUUAUGGGGUUCAUUUUCAUUCAUUUCAAAAAUGUACUUGCUGUUUUGCAAUCUGCACGACAAAUACAAAAAUAUCACAACAAUCAAAAUAAAUCUAACAGCUGAUCUGUGGAAAUGGUUCAGUGAAAACAAAAUUUUUGCUUGUUCAAUUUCUAAGUUUCUAACGAAACAUAGUUAUGUAUUAUCAGGAUGAGUUCCACCAAAGGCUCAAGUUCAACCGACGCGGCAUCGUCGGAAUGGCCAACGCCGGCAAAGACGACAACGGCAGCCAGUUCUUCUUCACUCUCGGCGACUCCGGAGCUCCCGACCUCAACAACAAACACACCGUCUUCGGAAAGGUAAGAAUCUCCUGAAAAUUAAAAACUGAAUCUUUUUUCCCACUUGAUAGCGUCAAAAGCGUUGGUGUCGCUGGCCAAAUUUGAGAAUUUUCGAGCACUUUUCUAUCAGAAAGACAAUAGGAAACUUGAGAAUUAGAGCCAACUCUAUUGAGAUUUUCUUUUGACCACCCUGAUAUCAGAUCAGAAAGAAAUGCUUCGAAUAUUAUUAUUUUUAGUCAAAUAAUGGCGUCAUGAAAUUGGUCGAGUUAUGAAGAAAACAGUGUUUUUGGCGCAUCUGAGGUUUUUCGCGUUGAUAUUCUUACCAGAAAGCAACAAAAAAAUGAAUGAACUUUUUUGUUUUGAUAUUAAGGAGCUCUAGAGAAUAUUCCUAGAAAUUUUUUUUUAUUUAACACAGUCGUUCAUUGGAAAUAAUGCGCUUUGCUCUCUUAAAAUAAUGGGAAGGAAAAGGAAAAGAAAACAGGGGUUUAAACAGAAAAUAGAGCCCUUUUCACGAGAGGCUAUUUUUGAAUAUCAUCUUUAAAAGGUUCAAUGAUUUAAAAAAACAUUUCGAAGGAAAAAGUUAUUAUAUCAAUUACUCAGAGUUCUAAGCUGCUAAUCACAACGGGCUGAAACAUGAAAUCCAUGAAUACUCGUGAAUUUCAGGUCGUCGGUCCGACGCUGUACAAUAUGCUGAAAAUAACGGAAGUCGAUGUGGAAAAUGAGCGACCGACGACUUUGUACAAGAUCACCGGGGCCACGAUUGUGAACAACCCUUUUGACAACAUCGUCCCAAGGUUUUUCAGUCGAUUUAUUCGAGAAAAAACGAAUAAAUUCUCAGAGAGAAGACCAAAAAGGAGAAGAAAGAAAAGGUUGCGCGAGUUGUGGAGACGAAGAAGCCGUCGUUGCUCUCUUUUGGCGACGAGGCCGAGGAGGACGAGAAGGAGCUGGUGAUGAUCAACAAGGUGAAGAAGCCUUUUUGAAGCUUUUCUAGUCUACCACAAAAUAUUUUAAUAAAAGGAGAAUUAUCAAAAUGAUAUGGAGGAAAUUUUGAAGAACCUCACCAUACAUCGGCUGGACCAGCCGACGUAUGAAUCUCACCCUUGGAGGCAAAUGUCCAGUUAUCAGUAAAUUAAAAUUUCUAGAAAUUGAACAAAGGCGAAAUCGGCCCACGACGCCCUGGAUGA